UACUGGUCCUGUGAUUGCAAGAUCAGCUAAUCCGUGAGGAGCCCAUAUGGUUGGAAGUGUUAUUGCAAAGGGUUUAUUAUUUUGUUUAACGCGCAGGCGGGGCGCGGCGUAUAGACACGUUUGUACUUGUUUACCUGUCUCUGGCGUCCUACUCUGUUCAGCCUCCCUCCAUACGCACAUUCUGCACGCAACAUUGCAUAGUGGACGCACACAAAGGGGAAAAUUCAGCGCAUUUAACAAGCACAGGCAAACCACACUGGGAACACGUUUUUAUUCGCAUACAGGUCCCCCUACACAGUCCGCGAGGAGACGCUUCAACCCUUUUGUUUUUCUUGCGAGGGCAGGAAUGAGCACACAAGAUACAGACGACUUAGAGCGGCCAGAGCAAAGCGCGUCGGGCAGCGCAGGGUCGGAGGACUGCACAAGCGGACUAGGCAGCGACGCAUGCACAGACGAGGAGGCAGCGGAAGGCAGCGGGGAUGAAGUAGAGAGCGAUCCGGGCGCAGAGGUAGAGGAGGAGACGGAGAGCGAAGGCAUGGAGGUGGACGCAUUAGCUGAAGCCUCUGAGAGUGCAGAGUCGUCGUCUGAAGAGGAAGAAGAGGAGCAGCCAGCGGUCGUGGUUGAUAUAGGCGAGAUUGAGGGAUCUUCAGGCGAGGAGCCUGAAUCGGAAGAAGAGUCCGAAUCAGAGUCUUCCGAGGAAGAGACCGGGGUCGAGCAACAAGAAACCGAGGAAGCUGAGGAGGAGGUCGAAGAAGAAGUCGAAGAGGAAGUCGAAGAAACCACAGACUCUGAAGAGGAGGAGGAGGAGGAGGAGGAGGAUGAAUCCAGCGGCGAAGUAGAGGCCACCGAAGAGGUAGAAAGCGAAUCUGAAGAGGAAACAGAGUCGUCAGAAGAGGAUACUGUCGUACAGGCGCAAACAGCAGAAGCCAUGGAGGUGGAGGAGGACGACCCUGAUGAUUCGGACGACCAAGAGGCUGAAAGCGAAUCGGGAACCUCGGAAGAGGAGGAGGAGGAUGAGGAGGAGGAUGAGGAGGAGGAUGAGGAGGAGGAUGAGAGAGAAGAAACGGAGGAGGUUAGCGUCGAGCUACAGGUGGCCGAAGAGACAUCAGACAGCGAGGUCAUGGAGGAGGAGGAAGAGGAGGAAGAGGAAGAGGAGGCCAGCGGCUCGGAGACGUCUGGAUCAACGUCAGAUGGCGAGCAAGAGGGCGAGGCUGUGGCUGAGGAAGAGAUCGAGGAGCUUCCACCCUUGGGAGCAAUUCCCGAGGAUUCGGACGAUGCGGAAUUCGUCGGGUCGGCGGAGUCAUCGGAGGCUGAGUCAUCGGAAGCUGAGUCGUCAGAAGCUGAGCGUUCAGGGGCAGAGCUGGGGAACGGUUGCGGCACAGCCUGCGCAGCGCCGACCAGCCAAAUGUAGACGACCAACCACGCAAGCGGAGGCGAGUGGUACCGGAGCUAAUCUCAGCCAGCGACGAGGCGACGGUCAGCGACAGCGCACGGGCGCUGAAGGCAGCGCAAGAUCACGUGCCGCGCAAGCGCAAACUGGCAGCCUCGCUGCUGGCACUGACGGCAGGGCUCCCCAAUGACAGCGAGACAGCGACACCGGUGCGCGCGCAGAGCCCACCAGCAAUACUCGACAAGCCGCGGGAGGAGCGCAGCUACCGGGAGUUCUUUCCUGAUUUGGCAGAGGACGCACCGCUGCUAGUGCAGUUCCGACGGGCAGAGUCGUCGGGGC